UCCUUUGUUGCCCUGGCCUUAAGAUUCUUCCACCGCAAUUUGAUUUGGUCUGUGGUCCUCCUCUGGCCAGACCCUAUGGCAUUCACAUUUUCUGUGAUUAAAAUCCAAACAUCAUUUUUCUUUUUGUUGGUAUCCUUAGCAGAAUUAAAACUUCCCACUAUUGUUCCAUAAUGGCACCGAACACCCUCUAGUAGUGCAUUGGUUUCAGCAGCAGUGAAGUUACAGCUUCUUGAGUCCAUGGUUCCGUUGCUUUACUAUAGUGAACAUUGUUCAUCAAUUAUAGGCCUUGGGUCCAAUUGCCUCAAUUGAACACAAGCCAAAACUAAUCAGUUGUAAUAGGUGUGUCUGAAAAGACCAACUACACAGCCAUAUAAAUCAGCCUUUCUCAGAGGAUUCACAGAGAGACAGUGAAAUGGCAGGUGUUGUCCACCGCCACCACCACUUUGCCAGGAGAGGAUACCGUCAAAGGGUGUAUGUUGAACGUACCAAGCCACUGGAGCAAUACACCACUGAGGAGCUGUAUGUCCGGUUUCGCUUUGGGAAGGCUGAUAUAGAGUACCUUGUGAACCUUCUCAGGCCAAAACUUCAACACAGAACCCAAAGGAGUCACGGUCUGUCUGUGGAAGACCAGAUCCUCAUUGCUCUCCGAUUUUAUGCAUGUGGGACUUUCUAUCAGGUUGUUGGUGACUAUAUGGGAGUGGUGAAAUCAGCUGUGUGUGAUGUGGUGAGAGAUGUGUCAAUCGCACUGGCCAGCCUGGUCAAUGAAUUUGUUUCUUUUCCAAAGGACAACCAGAUUGCCCAGGCCAAGCGCAGCUUUUUUCUUUUGGGGAAUAUGCCCAAUACUAUUGGAGCAAUCGACUGCACACAUGUGCAUAUACAAGCACCUCGUGAGAAUGAAUGGGAGUUUAUAAACAGAAAGGGGAGGCACAGCAUCAAUGUCCAACUUGUGUGUGAUGCUGACCUCAUCAUCACCAACUGCGUUGUCAAGUGGCCUGGGUCUGUCCAUGAUGCAUGCAUCCUGAGGGAGAGCGCUCUAUAUAGAGACCUCCAAACCAACCGACCGGAUGGCAUAAUAUUAGAAGACAGUGCCUACCCACUCCUACCAUGGCUGAUGACUCCUUUUCUAACAGCAUAUACACCGGCGCAGGCACGCUUCAACACUGCUCAUUGCAGAGCAAGAUGUGCAAUUGAGCGUUUAGAUGGAGUUCUUAAGAGGCGCUUUGCAUGCCUUAACUACCUGAGAGCGGAACCACAGAAAGCAUGCAACAUAACCCUUGCCUGUAUUGUCCUGCACAACAUCGCUACUAAGCGCAAUGUCCCUCUCUGUGCUGACAAUGAUGCACCUGAGCCCCUUGGAGACCCUAACCAACCUCCUGCAUUCUGCCAGAACGAGCAAACAGGACGUGCAACAAGGGACGCAAUAGUUAGACACUAUUUCUGAUUUGGAAUUGUUUUGGAUUUCAAAAAUCAGUGAUUGCCAUUCUUUGCAUUUUUGGGGUUAUUCUGUAAUCAUUGCAUCCAUCACUAAUAAAUAUUCUAAAAACGAAAAUAUUUUCGAUUGUGAUGAAUAUAUAUUUAUCAAUUAGUGACAGAAUAAAAUUUGUUUUUUGUCAAUUUUGACAGCUGUUUGGGGGAUUAUUGUAUGAGGCCAAACUCUUUCUACUUUGCUGUAGGCCUAUACUGAAAGGCUGAAUACGUUAAAGCCUACCUAAUCACUGUAGCCUGACGGAUGAACAAAUAAAAUUAAAACCUUAUGAAUAAAUAGGAUAUCUUGUAAGAUACUGCAUGAUCCAAAUAUAGUAUUAUUUGAUACAUUUUUAAAGUUUUCAUUACAUUUUGGGCAUGGAAUCCACGCUGAA